AUGUCUGAAAAAUAUAAUUUAAAGGAGUGUAAUUUAACGAAACAAAAACGUUAUGCCUGCAAUCUGUGUGAUAAAUCUUUUGCUUGGAAGUGUAGUUUAGAUCAGCAUUCUUUUAUUCACAAUGCAGAAAAGCCUUUUUCAUGCAAUGUGUGUGAUAAAACAUUCAAACAGAAAGCUAAUUUAAAAGCACAUUGUCUUGUUCAUAUGGAAGAGAAACCUUAUUCAUGCAGUGUUUGUGCGAAAACUUUCUUACGAAGACAAUCUUUAACUCAACACUCUCUUGCUCAUACUGGAGAGAAACCUUAUUCAUGUAAUAUAUGUUAUAAAACAUUCACACAAAGAGGAAGUUUAAGUGAGCACUCUCGUGUUCAUAGUGGGGAAAAACCUUAUUCAUGCAUUGUGUGUGAUAAAACUUUCAUGUGGAAAAAUUACUUAGCUAAGCACUUACGGGUUCAUACUAGAGAGAAACCUUUUUCAUGCAACGUGUGUAAUAAAUCUUUCACCUGUAAAAACAGUUUAAACGAUCACUUUGUGAUUCAUAAUAAGGAGAAACGUUAUUCAUGCAGUGUGUGUGAUAAAAAAUUCUCAUGGAGAAAUUCUGUAAUUAAACACACUCUUAUUCAUACGGGAGAGAAACCUUAUUCAUGCAGUGUGUGCGAUAAAACUUUCUCGCGGAAAACUUCUUUAACUAGACACGCUCUUGUUCAUACCGGAGAAAAGCCUUUUUUAUGCAAUGUAUGUGAUAAAACAUUCACUCAAAAAAUAAGCUUAACUAAGCAUGCUCUUAUUCAUACUAGAGAGAGUACUUUAUCAUGA